GAUUUGUGGUUGCUGCUGCCGGUCGGUACUGCGCGCUUGCCUGCCUUUUCUUUGUUGUGCAAGGGUUUUUCAGACUUAAUUUAAAUGUUUACCUUCCUAAUUUCUCGAAAUACUGUUAGAUUGAGUGCAGUGAGAUUACACGCUGUGGAAAACCUCAUUAAAAAUUUAUCAUAUACAUCAAAAAAUAAAAAUAUCGCUUUUAAUAACAGCACGUUUAAAAAAGGCCAGUUAUUUUCUUCAUUUACAAGGAACAUAUCAGUAAAUAAAUAUAAUAGUGAUAAAAUGGUGGAUCCACAAAGAGUAGUUAGCUAUGAAGAUAUGCUUAAAGUUAUUCAUCAGCCUGAAAAAGUUAUCAUUGAUGUCCGCAAUCCUGAUGAAGUGAGCGCAACCGGGAAGAUACCCUCGAGCAUUAAUAUUCCACUGAAUGCCAUGCAAGAUGCAUUAACAUCUAUGUCUGAUGAUGAAUUCAAGAAACACUUUCAGAGAACAAAGCCAUCUGCAUCAGAUGAACUUAUAUUUUAUUGUCAAUCUGGUCGCCGUUCAUCAGAAGCUUUAGAUAAAGCUUUAAAACUUGGUUAUUCAAAAUCUAAAACCUAUCUUGGCAGUUGGAAUGACUGGUCAAGUAAACAAAAGUGAAUUAUCUGUACAAUAUUAACUGUGAUGUAUGGUCCAUUGUUAAUGCAUAAUAAAUUAAUAUAGGUUCUUGAAAUGUUUUACUUAGAAACCUUUUAUAUAUUUGUUAAUAUUUCAAA